ACAGCUCGAAGCAGCGUCCACCAGCGAAGCAACACGCAAUAUCCCGAUAUUACCAAUAGCGAAGAACGCAGCAGACAUCCUCAUCAGAACGAAAAACAAACAGCCACCAUGUCGUGGGCGGGCUUCAAGAAGAAUGUGAACCGUGCGACGACGCAGGUGAUGAUGAAGACGGGGCAUGUGGAGAAGACAAACGAUCGUGACUAUGAGGUCGAGGAAAGACGGUUCAGAACAAUGGAAACAGCCUCGCUUCGGCUGCAGAAGGAAUCAAAAGGCUACUUGGACUCUCUGAGAGCCAUGACAGCUUCACAGAUGAGAAUUGCCGAGACGAUAGAUGCGUUUUACGGCGACUCGGGCGCCAAGGACGGCGUCAGCAGAAGCUACAAGCAAGCCGUGGAGGACCUCGACGCCGAGACCAUCAAAGCCCUCGACGGCCCCUACCGAACGACCGUGCUCGAGCCCAUUGGCCGCUUCUGCGCCUACUUCCCCGACAUCAACGAAGCGAUCAAGAAACGCUCCCACAAACUCCUCGACUACGAUGCCCUCCGAGCAAAGGUGAAGAAGCUUGUCGAGAAGCCAGACAAGGACGCCACGAAGCUACCGCGCACGGAAAAGGAACUGGAAAUGUCAAAGGCCGUGUACGAGCAGCUGAAUGAGCAGCUGACCACUGAGCUGCCGCAGUUGAUUGACCUGCGGGUUCCCUACCUGGACCCCAGCUUCGAGGCCCUGGUCAAGAUCCAGCUGAGGUUCUGUGCGGAAGCGUACUCGCGUAUGGCGCAGGUGCAGCAGUAUCUUGACGCGGAUACCAGAGACCAGUACGCAGAGGGGCAGCUGGACGCAAGGGUGGAGCAGGUUUUGCAGGAGAUUCGGGAGCUGAGCAUUAGCGGAACGGUAUAAUUGGAUUGGCUAGGUAUAAAGACAUUUCAAAACAGAAAGAAUUUGUGGUUUGUGGAGACGUGAAUAGGAAACGAGGGGUUUGCGAAUUAUAAGCUGCCGGCGUAUGGGUUGAUUGGAACCUUGUUUAUUUUAUGUUAACUAGAUAUUGGUCGCUCAGGAUGAGUCUAUGGAUAGACUAAUGCUUGCGUGCUCGAACCGGAAGCAUGCCUUUGGUAUGGCGCUGUAUUCCGUAUAAUGAGAUAUUCGUGUUCAAGCCCUUUUAG